AGAUAAAUUUCAUAUGUGUGGUUAAGGGGAGCAUAAUACAUUGCAUUUAACGUACUUCAUAUGUAAAAAGGAUUACAGCAACUAUACUUGACGAAAUUUUGACAAACGGUGUCUUUAACAGACUGUUGCUGCUUGUUGAAUCUCAAGAAUGGAAUAUUUCCGGCAGUCAUUGUCGAACUUGAAUAUUGUACCACUUGCAGUUGGUGUUGUGGUGCUCGUUACCGCAUCUGUUCCCCUAGCUGUACAGUCACAAGGUAUAUAUGUUAUGAACAUCACCUGUCCAGCCGGCUGGCAGUUAGCAUUAAACAACUGUUAUCUGUUUAAUGUCAAGGACCAGCUGAGUUGGAGUGAAGCAAGAACAGAAUGUGCAUUACUGAACUCAGAUUUGAUGAUCAUAGGCUCUCAGCAGGAAAAGGAGUGGAUCAAUGUUCAGACGGAAGAAUAUAAGACGGACGGAUGGUGGAUUGGUCUUGCUUACACAAGUAGCUGGAAAUGGGUACAAUAUGGAGGCGACACCACGCUCAUCAAGUGGAGAAACGAGCCAGAUAACUAUGACGAACAAGAUUGUUGUGCUAUAAAUCCAUAUGGACUAUUCAGUGACGAGUACUGCAAAAGCAAGCUUGGGUUUAUUUGCUCGUAUUCAAUUCAACGAGGACAGUUUUGUCCGUCUCCUGGUGAUAACUCACGAUGGCUGAUGACCGACACCACAUGCUUCUAUAUAUCGUCUCUACUCAACACCUCCCAACAUCUGACAUGGAGUGACGCCAACACGUACUGCACCAACCUCUCUCCGAAAUCAAAGCUGAUGACCGUCACUUCCAUAGAUGAUAUGAGAAGUCUUAAGUCCCUAUUGAGUACUUAUGAUGCUCCCGGCGUGCUGUUGCCAUGGUGGACAGGGCUUAAUGACCAGGCCAAAGAGGGAACUUAUGUAUGGGGAUUGAAUGGACCCAUAGCAAAUGGAACAAUUUUACAAUGGGAUGUAGCUCCGAGCAGCGACAGGAGCCAGAGAAGAAACUGCGGCGUAAUGUAUCAGGGUGGAUCCAUUGAUGACGUCACAUGUGACAAACGAAGUCACUACGUAUGUGAAAUGACUGCGUUUCAAGGUCAUCUUAACCUUGGUUGUGGGUCCUGGCUACGGGGCGGGAAGUCUUGCUAUUUGUUAGGUAAAGGUAAAGGUUACACAUGGAACCAGGCAAAAGAUCAGUGUGCACGUGCAAAUGCUCAUCUAGUAAAAGUGGAUGGACUUGAUGAAAAGGGCUGGCUUGAGGACUUAGAUUUAGGCCCAACAGGAUAUUGGACAGGCCUUACUAGAGCUCACAACACAUAUGGAUGGGCAUGGCAAGACCAUUCUGCCGCUACACCAGCCUAUAUUAAGUGGAGCACGGAACCAAAUAACAGUGGCGGUAAAGAGGAUUGUGUAGAGAUACACAAAGACGGUCUCUACAAUGACAGGCAGUGUGACGCUAAAGCCGGCUAUAUUUGUGAAUAUAAACUGGUAUACGGCAAAACAUGUUUACCAGGAUGGAGUCCGUGUCCUCAGACGCAGUCUUGUUACUACUUUAGUCCGCCAAAUAAUAGUUUUGCGGUCACAUGGUACGAAGCAAAGCAGACGUGCAUGGACCUUUUGGCGGGAAACAGUAUAAGUGCAUAUAGGCUUGCAGUAAAUGACAAAAACGAACAAACAUGUGUGAACUCGUUGUUGCAGUCACAACCAGAUGGCGCUCCAGGAUACUGGACAGACCUGAGUGACCUACAGGUGAAAGGAAUCUGGCGGUAUACAGAGGCCUUCAAUAACGAGCCAAAUUACGAUGUAAUAACAUGGGCAAAAGAACCGAACAACGUGAAUAAUACCGAGAAUUGCGCAGUGAUUUACAAUCAUGGAAACUAUAAUGAUAUGAAUUGUGAAGCUAAGGCAUUUUACAUUUGUGAAAGAAGUGCAGACAACGUUUCCGGCUCGUCCACCCUUUAUUCUUUGAGUUUGACGAAUCUGGUGUCGCUUUUGUUAACAUACCAUUUUUUGUGACAUGUAUAUAUUUAUUCGUGCAAUUUUACAACCGAACGAAAGAUGCAGUGAUAUUCGUACAUCGUGACAUUUUGACUUAUAUAACUUUUUUUUUGCCGAUCAUAUAACUACAAGAAAAUUUGUUUGUUUGAUAUUCAUGUGAAAUUAAUAUAUGGCCAUAUAAAGAUAUUUCAUAUAUCAUAUUUUCAUAUUUUAUAUUUUGUAUAUCGAGACAUGAAAUCAGGAUAUACACAGUUGAAAGGCGAUGGGGCCCUAUAUUAGCCGUAGCUCUUGACGCAUGUGUUCGUACAAUUCUCUAUCGGCGUCUUCUUGUAAUGUACCUUUGUUUUCAUUAUAUAUUAAACAAAAAAAUAAUUGCUUA